AUGUGGAAGCAGCAGAGGUUAGUAUUGCUUCCAAAAGGGAAGAAACCACCGGACGAACCCUCAUUGUAUCAUGGCCUCUGCAUGCUUGAUACCGCUGGCAAGAUUCUCGAGCGUAUAGUCCAUCAACGAAUAGAAGCAGCAGCCGAACCGCUGCUAGCUGGAAAUCAAUAUGGUUUCAGGAAAGGUCGAUCUACGUUAGAAGCCAUCAACCUUGUCGUCGAUACUGCCAGCGAAGCGAUCGCAGGGAAAAGAUGGCUAAAUGGGAAGAAGAAGUACUGUUUAGUAGCAACGCUGGACAUAAAGAAUGCCUUUAACUCAGCCGGAUGGGACUAUGACGUGGCUGUAGUCAUCGUCGGAAAAUAUCUUGAGGAGAUAAAUUUUACCUUCGACAAGGCCUUCGAGAUAAUUCGACGCUGGAUGGACUCAGCAGGUUUAAACCUGGCGGAGCAUAAGACGGAAGCCGUGCUGAUCACUAGCAGGAAGAUAAUUGAGACUAUCACGCUGCAGCAAGCGGAGCACGUGGGUACCAAGACAUUUGGGGUCAGAUCCACUCUAGCACGCCUCAUGCCCAACAUUGGAGGUCCUAAAAAACGAAGACGAGCGCUGCUGUCGUCAGUGGUUACAUCAGUGGUUACAUAUGGUAUUUCCAUUUGGGCUGACGUACUCCAGCUGCAAGAAGCUCGCCGUAAAAUUGCACCUGUUUAUCGGCUGAGUGCUCUCAGAGUUGCGAGUGCGUAUCGGACGGUAUCUGAGGAUGCUGAGGACAGCCUGGGACGCAACGAACAACUUCGCGGCGGAAGUCGUAAAGGAGCUCAGAAACAAGGAACGCAAGAGCAAGGUUGCAGUAUAGACGAUAAAGGAAUUCCAAUAGCAAAUAUCAAAGGUUUGGCCUCUGAUAAUACUAAUGUAAUGCUGGGUGACAAGAAUUCCUUUGCAAGUAGAUUAAAAAAUUAG